CUAGCGCGGCUUCCGGCCGGGACUCUGACAGGAUCCUGAGGGUCCCGCCUCCCACUUGCCGUUUCAGACGCCAAGGAGCAGGUCCUCGCCAACCUGGCCAACUUCGCCUAUGACCCCAGCAACUUCCAGUACCUGCGGCAGCUUCAGGUCCCGGAUUUGUUCCUGGACUCGCUGUCGGAGGAGAACGAGACCCUGGUGGAGUUCGCUAUGGGAGGCCUCUGCAACCUGUGCCCGGACAGAGCCAACAAGGAGCACAUCCUGCAGGCGGGGGGCAUCCCGCUCAUCACCAACUGCCUGUCCAGCACCAACGAGGAGACGGUGCUGUCCGCUGUCACCACGCUCAUGUACCUGGGCUCGCCGGGCGCCGGCUGCCACCCGGAGCUGACCGCCAUGCCUGUGGUCCAGUGCAUGCUGCGCUUCUCUCUCUCGGCCAACACAAGGCUCCGGAACCUGGCCCAGAUCUUCCUGGAAGACUUCUGUUCCCCAAGCCAGGUGGCCGAAGCCCGCAGCCGGCAGGCCCACUCCGCCCUGGGCAUCCCACUGCCAAAGUCCGAGGCCCCACAACAGCCCUGAUCUGAAGCAGCCCCUGGGCGGCAGCAGCUUACUGCCAGACACCAUGGUCGUGGGGCAGGGAGCAGGCGGGGAGCAGGCGGGGAGCAGGCAGGGAGCAGGCGGGGAGCAGGCGGGGAGCAGGCAGGGAGCAGGCGGGGAGCAGGCAGGGAGCAGGCGGGGCCGGCUCCCCUGGGCACGCUCUGCCAGGACUGUGCUGUCUCAGCCACUUCACAGGUGAGUUUCGCAGCACGACAGAUACUCUGAUGAGAGGGCACUAGGGCAGGAAGCCAGACUCGGGGACACAUGGAGACGGACGCCAAAGCUGACGCCGUCUGCACAGGCUGGCGCUGCCGCACUGCUAGGUCCCUGGGUCCAGAGGCUUUCAGAGGGGCAGGUUCUGAGCCGGAGGCAGAGAAUUGCCUGCACUUGAAGAAAUAAGGGCCUGCAGUCAUUUUGAGGAACAGAAAUGAUCUGUGGGCAUAAGAGCACGGGCCCCAGGGAGCCGGGGGCGUCACACCUCCUCCAGGGCUGCGCUGAGAUGGACCCCUCCCGUCCAGCUCCCAGGCUGGCACCCAGGCGUGGCAGUCGCCGAGCUGGGUGCAGGAUGACGUCCUGCUGUCUGCCAGACAUCAUGGAAGGGACUCCGAAACGAAGGCGCGGUCCCUGCCCUCGAGUGACAGCCGUGACUGUUAACGUGGCAUCAGGACCAAGGCCGUGCGGGUGACGCCGCCUCAGGACAAAGGCAGAGCUGUUGGAGCUCAGUCUGUGCCCUCACCACCCGCGCCCCCCCCACACAGUGAAGGGGGGCCCUCACCCCUGGAAGCACCCUGCGCAUCCCCCGCACAGUGAAGGGGGGCCCUCACCCCUGGAAGUACCCCACGCCCCCCCACAUACACAUGGUGAAGGGGGGCUCUCACCCCUGGAAGCACCCUGCACCCCCCCCGCACAGUGAAGGGGGCCCUCACCCCUGGAAGUGCCUCCGAGGCAGGGACUGGAGACAUUCAGGAAACGUGGGGCCAGAGUGGUGCCCAGGCGGGCGUGGCACUGAGGCAGGUUCUGCAAUCUGCACUCGGGAGAAGGGACGGAGGGGAGCCAUCCUCAGCCCCGUUCCAGCUGCUCCCCAAUAAAAGGUCUCCAAAGACAGA